AUGCAAAGACAAAGAGGAUCAAAGAAGCCUAGGAUCGAGCAGAUUGAUUAGCCUGAGUUAAUAGUUGAUCUGAUAGAAUAGCCUAUACCUGAUAACGAAACGAUAAUCAACAGAUUCGGUUUAGCAUAAUAGCUUUGCAAAAUCUCAGAGUCUCAGAUAUUAGCAGAAUUUUAAACUGGACUUUUAUCAUAGCAAAUUACACCUGUUCGGCUUAAUGGAAAACCCUAGGAAUCUAUAAUGGACAAGUUAAUCAGCAAUAAAAACGACUUUCUACCCAAGAAUAUGAUUUAGAGAACAAAUAACAUAAGGAAAGAUUGCUAGCUGCUGAAAACAGCUGUAGACAAGUCAGUCUUGAAAAUGCAAGAUUUCAUUCAAGAGGUAGAGAAUGGUGUUUAGAGUAUUCAGAAAUUUUUCCAAUUUUAAUAUGAUAAAAUUAAGAAAGAGCCGCUUAAAAAGGAUAAGAUAACUGAAACUUUAAUUGAUUUUUCGAAAAGGCACGAGAAUGACUUGGAUUAAAUGGAGUCUCAGCUAGAUUUAACAACUGAUGCUCAGAUCUGUCAGUUACCAGAGGAAUUUAGCAAUAAAACUUAUGAUAAGCUAUUAGCACAAGUAUCUGACUGUAUCUAUGCUUUGAUGACUAAGUAGAAGUAAAUAGAUGUGAUACAUUUUCAAGCUAUAGAUCAGGAUAAAAUGGUAUGUAAUCUGGCCUUUGGAAAUGGACAGGCAGGCUAUACGAGAUUUUAGUAAAAAUAUCUUUCUAAAAGCAAUCUAGCUGCAGAGCACUUCAAGCCCACAAUCUUAAAUUUAACUGAUACUGUGACAAGCCAGCAAUCUUUGUCUAGCAAGGGGCACAUUUAAUAUACUAGAUUAUUUUCAAUCCAGAUGAAUUGUAGAAGUCAGAUAAGGUUAGAACUUAUCACAAAUAGAAACAGAUUUUAGACUAUCAGCUAGUUGGCGAGAGAUCAAUCAUCGUACUUACAGAAAAAGAGAUAGAAAUUAUAGAGAUAUGACAUCCAGUUGGAACUGUUGCAUCCCUAGUUUGACAUUCAAAAUAAGCCUAUUAUGCUCUAAAGGAAAAGGGGUGGUGGAUUGGAUUAUUUAGAUAUUAUGAAGUGUGGUCUGCUUGGCAAAAUUAAUAAUAUCCCAAAUGACCUCUAGUUUAUUGGCGCUAUGUAUUUUAGCUUUGACUAGGACUCAAUAUUCGUUUUGGCAAAGAGAUAGAACUUGGAAGAUGUGGAAACUGUGGUGUGUCGAAUGAUAAAAAGUGAAAGCUAGUCAACAGCAGUCUUUGAAAUUAAGAAAGAAAAUUCAAAUUCUCAAGUCAAAUCUGAAUCAUCUACACCACCGAAUCAACCUGGACUAACUCCUAGCAAAUAACUACUUUAGCUGGCAACAGCUGUGCUUUAAUAGAUCUUGAUCUUAAAGAACUCGCUUACUGAUGCAGUCAAACGACUUGAGUAUUUUAUGUCAGAUAUGGAAAGAAACACUAAGACUAUUAUUUAAACUCUAGAGAAUAAAUACAAAGAUCAUUAAAAUUUAUAAAAUUACGACCUAGAAAAAAAAUCAGUGUCGCUGGAGGGCAUAUCAGUAUACACUCAAAAGUCUAUCAAUAACUUAGAGCUAAUGAGGCUGUCAAUAUCCUAGCAAAUAGAUGCUGUAAACGUCUUAAACUCAACAAAGUUUCCUUAGUUAGAUAUGCCAAAAGAGAUAUAUUCAAAUGGAGAAAUUGUGCAUAGAUUCAAUGAGCGAUCAAUGAGAUCACUGAACAACUUGAUAGAUGAAUCAACUAGCAAAAUAUUUGGACUUCAUGCUCCACUUAAUCCUACAACAAAUACGGAGCACACAGAACUGCUUUGCAUGGAAAAAGACUCAAGAAGCAACGAAUUCACUUUGAAGCGAAUAAAGACUUUCCCAAAGAAGGUAAACUUCAUUAUGCUGCAUUAGGAGAGACUUAUAUGCGAGGACUUAGUUUACUCCUUUGCAGAAGAUUCUAAGUUUGAGCUAAUGCAAGAUCUAAAUCAGCAGGACAUAUCAGCUGGGUGCGCUAUAUCUGAUAGUCUUGUGGUUUUCGGUCACUGCUAACUUGCUAAAAUAAGUAUUUGGAAAUUCGUAGACAUGAAGUACUAUAUGAUUUAAAAGCAAGGUUUGUUUUCGGGGAGCAUGUAUCAUAAUUUUGUGGUCACUAAGAUGAAGAAGGAUGAAUACUCCCCUGAAUCAAAUAGCAUAUAUGGGGUUUUUGGGGGUAAUAAUAUUUCAAGAGUCACUUUUAAUGGGAAAAAUAUAAAAGAAACCCAGAAGACUAAGAUUUGUGGCAAGAGCUAUAUACUUGUAGACUACAAAAUAAUGAGUGCUGAAUGCUAAGUAUCUCAGCAUGAAAAUGGCGCAUCAAUAAGAUUUCUUGAUUGUUCCACCUUGCUUUAAUCUGUAAACGAUGCCUGUGAUGAUAAUUAAGGGUCAAAGCGAGCAGUAUGA